UCUCACUUUCCCCUCUUCUUCAUUCUUUUUCUCUUCUUCGUCUCUCUCAUCUCUAGCUUUCUCUUCCAUACUUCAUCCCCAGUCAGUGUCUCAGAUACGAGUCAUUAGCAUCCAACUCUCCAAUCUCCGUGCAUUUCUAAGCCAAACUGGAUAUUGAAUCGGUCCUCCCACGGUCCCAACAUUCCAGCCCCUCCUCACUAGGCCCACCGGCUAGCUAGUUGACUUUCCGGAGCGCCUUCCAACUGUGGAUGCACACUACCCGGAACUAUCACCAGAUCCGAGGACUAUAGCUAGUUGAUCCCCAGGCCCGACCUUUUCUUAUCUUUACUCUCUUUUUUUUUCUUUGCACGACCGUGUUUACUCCCACACCGGUUGAUAGGAUCGUCUUGAACCUCCACGGUUUCCAAAGGCCAGAUCCGCCUUGGAAUUUAGCGCCUAAUCGUGCGGAUUCGUUCUCUUCAUUGAUUUCUCGGUUUCCUUUCUGCUGCGACAGCUACCCAGCCACCCAGCAUGACGGAGGUUUCUUCCACUCGACUCUAUCUCGGGAAUCUUCCCCGCAACGUGAAUAAACAAGACAUCGAGGAACAUUUCAGUACCCAUGGCUCCGGCAAGGUUACCGAGAUUAAGCUGAUGAACGGCUUCGGCUUCAUCGAGUAUGAGGAUGCGAUGGAUGCGAGAGACAUUGUCCCCGCCUUCCAUGGCUCCGAUUUCAAAGGUGAACGACUUACGGUGCAGUUCGCGCGCGGACCACGUCGCAAGGAGAACCCUCCUGGCCCCAUGGACCGUCCGGCUUUGCCUCGUCCUCGGCGCACAAUCUUUCGCAUGAUGGUUUCUGGACUCCCGGAAACAAGUUGGCAGGUUAGCAGCCCACGUCCAUUUCUCUCAGGAUUCCCCGGAUGCCACCCAGCUCGGAUACUCAUUGCUCGAUAACUGCCCUCUGUUCUGCUGUUUUUUUCCGUUUUCUCUUCUACAUCUCUUUUCGUUCUCAAAGCGGGAGACGCUCCAUGGAUCUCGGAAAAAAAGAAAGGUUCUGGCUGGGCGGAGCCUAUCGUGCCUCCUUCUUACCCGCUCUGGACGGUGGAGGGAAGGUCUCC